GCAGUGACCAGAGGUUUUCUUAAGAGUUUGCUUUGUGUGGUGCCCCAACAAGAAGGAAACAUGGUCAGCCGAUUUGAACACCCAGCUGGCGGCUACAAGAAGAUUUUUGAGACAUGUGAGGAGCUGGCUGAGCCUCUCCCAGCAACAGUCACAGGUAGGAUCCCUUCAUUUCUGAAGGGGAGUCUUCUCCGUUUGGGUCCUGGGCUUUUUGAGGUUGGAGAUGAACCUUUCUAUCACCUCUUUGAUGGCCAGGCCCUCAUGCACAAAUUCGACUUCAAGAACGGCCAGGUCACCUACUACCGAAAGUUUGUCAGAACAGAUGCAUAUGUGAGAGCCAUCACAGAGAAGCGUGUGGUGAUCACUGAGUUUGGCACCUUUGCGUAUCCCGAUCCCUGCAAAAAUAUUUUCUCCAGGUUUUUCUCUUACUUUAAGGGUGUUGAGGUCACAGACAACUGCCUGGUGAACGUUUACCCUGUCGGUGAGGAUUUUUAUGCUGUAACAGAAACCAACUACAUCACUAAAGUAAACACUGAGACCCUGGAGACACUGAAGAAGGUUGAUAUGUGCAACUAUAUCAACAUCAAUGGCGUGACAGCCCACCCUCAUAUUGAGAGAGAUGGGACUGUGUAUAACAUUGGAAACUGCAUGGGAAAAGGAGCGACGCUGGCCUACAACAUUGUGAGGAUUCCACCCACACAGAAAGAUAAGUCUGAUCCCAUUGAGAAGUCCAAGGUGGUGGUGCAGUUCCCCAGUGCUGAGAGGUUCAAGCCGUCCUAUGUGCACAGCUUCGGCAUGUCAGACAACUACUUUGUCUUCGUGGAGACCCCGGUGAAAAUCAACCUGCUGAAGUUCCUGAGUGCUUGGAGCAUCCGCGGCUCCAACUACAUGGACUGUUUCGAGUCCAAUGAGAGCCAAGGAACCUUGUUUCACAUUGCCAAGAAAGACCCAGGAGAGUACAUUGAUCACAAGUUCAAAGGGGCCGCCAUUGGCAUGUUUCAUCACAUCAACACCUAUGAGGACCAAGGCUUCAUUGUUGUUGACCUCUGCGGAUGGAAAGGGUUUGAGUUCGUUUACAACUACCUCUGGCUGGCCAACCUGAGAGCAAACUGGGAAGAGGUGAAGAAGGCGGCCAUGAUGGCGCCACAGCCGGAGGUCCGCAGAUACGUUAUUCCCCUGGACGUCCACAAGGAGGAGCAGGGGAAGAACCUUGUCAGCCUGCCGUACACCACAGCCACAGCGGUGAUGCACGCUGACGGGACGAUCUGGCUGGAGCCGGAGGUGCUGUUCUCCGGGCCUCGCCAAGCCUUUGAGUUCCCUCAGAUCAACUACGAGAGGUACGCAGGAAAGAACUACACAUUCGCCUACGGUCUGGGCCUCAACCAUUUCAUACCUGACCGGAUCUGCAAGUUGAACGUGAAGACCAAGGAGACCUGGGUAUGGCAAGAACCAGAUUCCUACCCCUCUGAGCCCCUGUUUGUUCAGACCCCUGAUGGGGUAGAUGAGGAUGACGGAGUGCUGCUGACCAUCGUGGUGGCUCCCGGCUCCCAGAGACCAGGAUACCUCCUCAUCCUCAAUGCCAAGGAUCUGUCUGAGAUCGCCAGGGCGGAGGUGGAGUGCAGCAUUCCCGUCACCUUUCAUGGGAUGUACAAACCCUAAACAGUAGUCUUCCAUUACAGGGUUAUAAACUGCCAUUCAGUAUUAAAACCACAAUACACCAAGCUGUGCGUUCUCAUUGCAGCUGACGUGGGUUGUUAGACAGAUUGCAAUACAAUUAUGUGACUUUAUGUGCCUUUUGGAGUCUGGGUGUCCCAACCCUGAAUUGUCAGCAUUGGUUUAAUUAGAAAGAGCAUGGAUUGGUUCACACGCUGUGAAUAUUUAAUGGUUGGAUAAAUAAAUAAAUUGACAAA